AUGCCUGUGGAAAAAUUUAUCAAGAGGUAUGAGAAUGCUGGGUUAGCUGAUGAUGCUUCUGCUCAAGAUUUGGCCAGACAGAUUAUCUCUUUUAUCCAUGGAAAUGACCUCAAGGAUGAAGUGGAAGAAAUGACUGGCCAUGAGGACUCAGACUGGGAACUCUUGAAGAAACAAUUACUCAACAGGUUUGGAUCCUCUUUACCCUUGGUCAAAUACUCUAGACAGGACUUGAAGAGGAUGGUCAACACUGCUAUCCAGGCUGGAGGGAUCAAAACUCUGGAGGAAUUCAAGGCUUUCAGGACUAAAUUUGAGACCAUCACCAACUACCUCACCAGGAUGGGCUAUACUACCAGCUUGGAGGAAUUCAGGGAGCUCUUACUGGAAUCACUCAGUCCUGAUUUGGAAUCUUCAGUCACCAAGGAACUCAUCAGGGACAACAAGAUGCUAGCUUCCAAGGAUGGUGGGGACAUUCUCCCAAAUACUCAAGUUAUCCUUACCUACAUACACAGAGAGGUUCAAUCAGCAUCAGUCAUGGACAGAAGAAAACUCUACAGGAUGGAACCCCACAGGGAAAUGGCCAACUCACCUUCUUCUGCCAAUCCUGCUCCCUCCUCCACUCCUAAGGAUCUUCCCCCAGCCUUCAGACAAACAACUCCAUUCAACUCUGGUGGACUUGAACAGAAAGUUGAAGAACUCACCAGGAAAUUUGCAGCCCUUUCUGCUGGAAAAAUGGUCCCUCCUCACCUUUCUGGUUCAACUCCUUAUCAGUCCAACCCACCUGCUCCCAGAAAUCCAGACUUCAAGUGUUACUACUGUUUCCUCAACAACCAUGGCACCAAGAAAUGCAACUCACUUCUGUAUGAUGAGUCCAUUGGCGCAGUAUCCAGGGAUGGCAGAGACUUCAAACUCCCAGACAGCACUACUAUUCCAUGGGAUGUCAGCAGGCCCAUCAAGCAAGUAGUGGACCAAUUUUCCAGGAAUUCAGUCAACAUAUCUUCAUCCUUUGGUCAAUUACAGGAAGUGGAAGCUGAAGAAGUUGGCGCCUAUGAAGUGGACCUAGGAAAAAGGACUAGAUCAUCAAAGGAAGAGGACACCCCAGCAUCAGACAAGAGAUCCAGAAAAGAGAAGAAUACCCUCAUGGACAUGGAUGAAGAGGACCUACUUAAAAUGGCCAACCCUUCCAAUCCUUCCAACCCUUCCAACUCAUCCAAACCUAGUUCAACUCCACCCCCAGCUUCCCCUAAAUCUGCCAGUCAACCAAACAAGGUCAGAUUUCAAGAGCCAUCAGGACAAGAAUCUGCAAAAGAAAAGCCAGCAAAGAAGACUUACUUGGAGAAGACCUUGGCCAAGGAAUACCCAGGAGUGGAAGAAGAAACAGCCAAGAGGAUGCUCAUGGGAGGAAAACUGGAACUCAGCUUUGGAGAAAUUUUUGCUAUAUCUUCUGGAGUUACUGACUGCUUCAAGAAAAGGAUUUCCAACAAACGGGUACCUGUGGAGGAGGCCAUUUCAACACACUCUGGAGCCUUGGAUGAAACUGAUGGAGAAGAAGACUCAAUCACUCACUACUCUUGCCCCCUUGGAUAUAUCAACCUCUCUGUCAAAGGCCAUGAAUAUCAAGCCCUUCUGGAUACUGGAUCAAUGGUCAACCUUAUUCCUCUUGGAUUGGCUUAG